UUUCUCCAGUUUCUUUGCUCUUUCUUUUCUUUUUCUCUUCAGCCAAACAUCAAAGUAGCCUUUUCCCGAGACACUUUAGCGAAAUGGGUGACAAGAAGAAGAAGACUUUUAUGUUUAUCCGCCUUGUCUCGGCUGCUGGGACUGGAUUCUUCUAUGUGAAGAGGAAAAGUGCUAAGAAAGUGGCUGAGAAACUCGAGUUCCGCAAGUACGAUCCCCGGGUAAAUCGCCAUGUUCUUUUCACUGAACAAAAGAUGAAAUAAGGGAAACUGUUGUCUUUAA